GCUCCGGGAACAGCCGCCCCCGCGGACGCGGGUGUUUCCGCGUCACGCCGGGAUGAAGCCUGACGGCACCUACAAGCAGCUGGACCCACUGGAGGACCGUGGGGCACAGCCCACCCGCUUCCCGCCAAAGUGCUCCUGCAGUGCAUUGCUCUCCGCCAUCCUCCUCACCCUCUUCAUCCUCAUCUUCCUCCUCUUCUUCAAUCUCCGGCUGAGCUCAGCCCUCCGCGGUGAUGCUGAUGGUGAAGCUGGCGGCGAUGCUGGAUCCUGCGGUGAUGCAUGCCGGAUCGUCCUGGUGGAGAGCAUCCCGGAGGGAAUGACCUUCAGUGGCAGUUACGUGCUGAACCCAUCCACCUUCUCCACGUGGAUGAACCUCCUGGGGACCAUCACUCACAGCCUGGACAUCGCCUCCUUCUACUGGACCAUGACCAACGAGGACACACAGACACACGAACCCUCCGCCGCUCAGGGUGAGCAAAUCCUGGAGGAACUCCUCCAAUUAUCCCAGCGUGGCAUCACUGUCCGAAUCGCUGUCAGCCAUCCGUCAGCAAAAUCGCCCCUGAACGAUCUCCAAGCGCUGGAGCAGAGCGGUGCCCUGGUACGCACCGUCGAUAUGCCGCGGCUCACUGGUGGCGUGCUGCACACCAAGUUUUGGCUCGUUGAUGGCACCCACCUCUACGUUGGGAGCGCCAACAUGGACUGGAGGUCUUUGACCCAGGUGAAGGAGCUCGGCGCCGCCAUCUACAAUUGCAGCUGCUUGGCCAAAGAUUUAGGCAAAAUUUUUGAAGCUUAUUGGGCUCUUGGCAUUCCCGGCGCUUCCAUCCCAGUACCGUGGCCAGCAAAUUAUUCCACCACCUUCAACAUGGAGACGCCAUUGGAGUUGAAACUCAACGACACCAAUGCCGCUGUCUACUUCUCGAGCUCCCCGCCGGCUCUCUGUGCUGCCGGUCGGACCCAGGAUCUUGGCGCCCUCCUCAACGUCAUCGAUGCUGCCGAGGACUUCGUGGACAUUGCGGUGAUGAGCUACCUACCCACCACCGAAUUCUCCCACCCCCAAAGAUUUUGGCCGGCGAUUGAUAACCGGCUGCGGAAAGCUGUCUUCGAACGCCAGGUCAAGGUUCGGUUGUUGGCAGGUUGUUGGCGGCACAGCCGCAUGACCAUGUUCCCCUUCCUCAAAUCCCUCGCUGCUGUCGCCGAUAAUCGGACCCGCUACAACGUGGAGGUGCGGCUUUUCAUGGUGCCAGCGAGUGCAGCACAAGCCCAGAUCCCCUACGCCCGCGUGAACCACAACAAGUACAUGGUGACAGAGAAGGCGGCGUAUAUCGGGACAUCAAACUGGUCUGGCGACUACUUUGUGCGGACGGCGGGAUCAGCGCUGGUGGUGAACCAGACGGUGAGCCGAACCAGUGCCAGCACUGCCACCGGCACUGCUGCCAGCACCAUCCGAGAGCAGCUGCAGGCGGUUUUUGAGCGGGAUUGGAGCUCCCAGUACAGUGCCGACAUCAGCGAUGCUGAGCGGUGGGGAAGCCUCUGCGGCUCCCGUUAGGUGCUGGGGAACGGACCGCUGGUGAACCACGGGUUCUGUCUGUGCCGAAUCUGUCCGCCCUGCUCCAAUUUGGGGAAAAAAACAGAAAAAAUGA